GCACGCGGUUCCGGGUUCGCAGAUCUGCUGAGGGGCUGAGACUCGACUGGUUUAGGAAGUUGCUUUUGGCUCCCUCCGGUUCCCAGAUCGCCCGCCUUGUCACAUAGAGGUGACCGGGAGGCUGGUGGCUGGGUCAAGUUGGGAGUGGCAGCUCCGGGCUUCGAACUCGCGCUCCGCGCUGGGAAAGGCAUCGUCGAACCCAGAUGACCCAGUCUUUGGUUUGUCCCGAGACCGUGAGCAGGGUCAGUUCUGUGCUUAAUCGCAACAGCCGGCAAUUUGGAAAGAAACAUCUUUUUGACCAGGAUGAAGAGACGUGCUGGAACUCUGACCAGGGCCCCUGCCAGUGGGUGUCACUCGAGUUUCCCCAGCGUGUUCAGAUCACACAGCUGCAGGUGCAGUUCCAGGGUGGCUUCUCCAGUCGACACAGCCGCUUGGAAGUCCCCUUUCUCCACUGCAGGUUCACGUGAUGGGGAAGCCCUCAGCAAGAUUGUAGAUUUCUACCCUGAGGAUACCAAUGCCCUUCAAAUAUCCUGCUUGUCCUGUGGUGGGAGGGACCUGGUUUUCUACAAGCUUUGGGUCUUUGGGUGUGGUGGUACAGGCAUUGGGAAGGCUGGGGCAGAAGGAUUUAGAAUGCCUGGCCAGCCUGGUCACAUGACCAGACCCUGUCUCAAAAGAGUAAAAGCUUUGGCCUCCUACACUUGAGUAGGAACUCGGUGCUUUAGUGCCCUGGAGGUAGGAGCAGGAAGAUCAGGAGUUCAAGGUCGUCCUUGACUCCACAGUUGGAGGGAAAUCUGGGCUACCUAAGACCCCGUAUUUUUAAAAAAAAAAGAAAAAGAAGGUGCUGUUGCUUUCUUGCUGGGUGUGAGAGGCAUCAGGAGUCUGCAGUCACUGGCCCAUUGGGUGGUCUCUGGACUGGGAAGGUGGGGACUGAUGGGUCAGAGACAAAACCACCACUUCCUUGACUAAAAGAGGUCACACCUUCUCCAUCCCCACCAUGGAGGUGGACCGGCUGAAGUUGACUUUUGAGGAUACCACCGACUUUUUUGGCCGUGUAGUCAUCUACCACCUGCGGGUGCUGGGUGAGAAGGCAGGGUGAGAAGUAUCGGCGGUUACUUCCUCCAGGAAGCCCCACUGGGAGGCACCCAGAAGCCCUUCAAGUUCUGCACAGAUUUAUUGGUUCCUGUUGGGGAGGGCUCUUCCCACCACUGUCCAGGAGCUGCCUUCCAAGCCAGUUGUGGGCUGACUGGUUUGUCCCUGAGUGCCUGGGUUCCCAACAGGCUGUCUUCACUCCGGGUCCGCAGGCCCCAGGGUACCCUGGAACAGUUUGAGGAUGUGGCUCUCCAUCACCUGUUGCACUGUGGGAGGAGGUGGGGGGAGGUGUGAGCUGGGCACAGGGGCUGAAGAAGAUGCUCAGACUCAGGAGCCUCUCUGCUCUUGCUGGGCCGGGCUUGCAACCCUGAGAAUAGGUUGCUUUAAGGCAAGGUCUGCUGGUUUCCCUUCCACUUGCUGCUUCCCACUCACCCUCCGAAUCGUAGCUCUUCCUGCCUCCAGAACCAUGAGUCCAAGUAAAACAUUAAAAACAUCA